GUUUAGUAGCGUCUCGGAAGUCUAUAGAUAAAGAUAUAGAAGGAACAUCAGAAUUAGAGGAUGGGCCCGAGGCCGGAAAUUGUAAUUGCAGAUGAUGUCUUAAUACAGUAAGAUGCGUAAGCAAAAAAUCAGCCUCAUCCAAAUACGUAACACUAAGAACGUUAUCCACCUCAUCCUACAUAAAUAUAGGUUGUUUGUUCCCCUGAUGAAGUGAAAGUUGUACCCCAACCCGCCCACAACCCACUCCACACCCGUUCGAUAGUUCACCAAAAUUAAAUACAAGCUUGUGUUUAUAAUUAGCAAUUUUUCAACAUCAUCUUCACCAUGUACUUGUACGUGAUGUAACUACCGUAAACGACCUUCAACUUCAUGAUCUCUAACUAGAACAACCAGAGACCAGCACUCCGAGACAGUCAAGAUGGAGUUUCUCGCUGCUGCCGCCAUCGGCGGUGCCGGCAUGGCCUCCGUUUGGGGCUACAACAGGGACCUGUUUGAGUUUGACGCGAAUAUGGCCCAGGCGACGCAGUCGCAGCGGCUUUUCUUGCGAAAAGAAUGGGUCUGGUUGUACCGCGAGGACAUCAAGAAUUUGGUGGGCCUCACUACCCAAAAGAUGAACCUGUACACGCUCUUCAUCGUCAUUCAGCUGGCGUUCUGCGGUGCCAUGUUCAGCGACAGCUCGCUAAUAGACCGCUACGAUGGCAGGAACGGCUUUCCGAUUUCCAGUCACGCCAUUGUUUACCAUUUCGCAAUCAGUCUCAGUGCAGCGAUCAUGUUCUCGGUCAUUUUAUGGCUCAGAUGAAAUAAGAGGUAUGUAACAGUAAACAGUAUUUGCAAGACCUAAAAGAACUUUCGAUGCACGGCCGCGACGGGCUACGCCGGCUGGCAAGUCUCUCUAUCAAGUAGUAUAAAUAUGUUUUCCUUAUUUAACUGGAACUGGAUGAAAGAUAAUCCGUAACUGUGAUAUCCUGAGUUUUGAGUCAACCGCGACUAGACUGACUUCUUAGUUUGUUUUUCUCCUUCAGAAUUCCUUUAGAAACGAGUUAUCCUCUUGUUUUUUUUCAUACCUCGCACUGUACCUAGCGAUCCACGCAACGGUGAUCGCGAAUAGCUGUGCGACGACUUUGUCUCUGCAGAGCAAGAUUCUUCGAGAUAUGCCCACCGGUACUGAGAUCGAUGCAGCGCGCAAACGCAUGUUCGACUUCGAACAGGCAGCCGUUUGCCAAAAACAGAUUAGACUUCCGUUUUCAGACCGAUUAGCGCGUGCGGUCAGAGGGAUGUUUGGUACUGCUGGCGGGGGACCUCAACAGGUGGCGGGUGAAGACGAUGCUACAACAGGUGCAGGAGGUACAGGUAGCACCACCACGACUGGAAGCGGAACAUCCGAAGAACGAAAGCAGCAGCUUAUGGAUGCUGCAGGUCGCUUCGUAGGGACGCAAAGGACGCCAUUUCAUCUGACGCCCGAUCCUUUAGAGCACUACUACAUCAACGAGCAGCUCGAAGACCAAGCCCGCAAAGAGGCAAUAGCACAAGAGCUGAGAGAAGACGGUGGCGAUCCUGUUGCAGCUGCUUCUUCAUCUAAAAAUGCCGCAGGGGGCACGGCGAAGAUGACCAGAGUAGAGGGUGAGGAGGCGCCGCGUGACCUUGAUUCUCUAGAAGUAGAUGAAACGGAGAGACGCGGCGUUGAAGAAACUCAUCUAGUUGAUGAAGAAGGGGACGACGACGAUAAAGAACACGAUACUAGAUCAAUAUCUAGAAAGCGUCUUGUUGUUGUAGGAGAGGGAGAGGCGCUCGCGAGCUUUCCUGCUCGAAGAGACCAAGACGAUGAGGCUUCACAACUACCUAGUAAUGCAGGUAGAAACAAGUCGCGUCGAACAAGCUCUCACGCAUUUUCUGUGCCUCCGCUGCCCUCUGAUCCUAGCGCCGAUGUUUUCCAAUUGCACGAUGGUACACCGCGCAAGCCUGCAGCAUCUUAUAGUGAUGGCGUCGACAGCCCGAAGUUUGGGGGGAACACCGUCAACGCUCCAGCGCGAGGAACAUCCGCAUCUACGCCCACAGCCACACGCACUACCACAACGUCAACGAACAUAACUUCUAUAGGAGCAGGCACAUUAACGGAAAAAGCUGCACAAGAAAUCAUAACCAGGCAUCAUCAAGGGGACCAACAACAGUCUUCUGAUCAAGAUGAGGAGGCUGCUGACGAUGAUAAUGAGGAGGACCCCGACGAGUUUGGACGUGAGCCAAGGUUAGAGCAACAUGAUCACGAAACCUAUUCAGUUCGCGCCACUCGGUCUCGAAAGCAACCACUACGCAUUUUGGACCCGUCGCACGCUAUGACAGGACCAGAAAUCGUACGAAAGGCGCGAUCUAAUGCCGCGACAAGUAGUAGGCGUUCUCCUCCUGGAAGGUCAGGCUCAGGACCAGGAGGUGUAGCAGCACAAGUGGGUGGGGCAGUAAAUGAAUCCUUAACAAGAACUACAACAUCAUAUUCACAUCGAAGAAGAGAUGAUGAGCUGCAAGAGGUUGAGGAGAAUGUUGAUGAUGUCGAUGUGCAGGUGUCGCCAAUCGUGAAUCAGGGCAACGUGGACGAAACGACACCAUUCGUGGUGCGCGCCAGUCAUCUAGAUCAGUAUAGAGGUUUGCAGCGGCAUUGGCAGGUCUACGACGCGUACACCCGCGUCACCAUGCUUCUCGCCACUGUUUCGACCAUCUACGCGCUCACAUUCUGGUCUUUGAACUUAGUUUUGCACCUCUCGCCGUGGGUGUGCCUGACGAUGACUGCGCUGCUGAUCGUUGCAGCCAGCGUGGUGACAAAGCUCGACCUUUCGGCGCCGCGUGGGUGGCACCUGCUCCUGGACGCAGCGGUGUUCCUGCAGAUCGCCACCAUAGCUGGUGGAGCUUUCUGGGAGAGUUGGAGAGUGAUAGAGUGGGACCACUCCCGUGGCACAACUGCCUCCUCAGCCUGGAUGGUAGAGUUGAAUUCGCUCAGCCCAGGUGACCGCGCCCAACUGUUUUACCCACUAGCAUUUGACCGUCGCAAUUGGUUGCUAUUUGCAACGUCGCUGUCUCAGGGCUUUUUUUUCGUGGUAUUCUUCAAGCUGACGCAACCACCUGAACAGCGCGAUGUCGAACGCUAUAUCGGGUCAGCAAUCGGCAGUCGCGAAAAAAGUCUAGACAGCGCCUUUCUCCUUCCGACGAGGUGUCGGAGCGUCGCAUUCCUCGAUGUGCUGGCAUGGAAACGGUCUAGGCAGAUUCUGGAUCAUGCUGAAACUGAAGAAACGCCAAACACAGCUGAAAAAAUCAAGCUCGCAAGGAAGCGCCGACGAGCCGUGUCAAAAGAGUUGGUGGGACCUAAAUGGGAGCCGCCUGCAGUAGCUGGUACUAGCGCAGAUGUUGUACUAGAAAAUUUUGAUGGUAGACGCGUUUCUUCUGGUGGAAGCAAUCCUCCUCGAAGGAGCUCUGCACUUGAUCGCGUGGUGGCCCAACAACUACAAGGCAGCAAUGACGGCCCCACCAGAACAAGUGCCCUUUUUGACGAGGACCUGAACAUGAACAGCAUCCUUAGCACCGGCGAGGGAGCCAGAACGCCAGGAAGGUCCGCCCCUGCAGUGUACGACACCGUACAGCAAGUUCGUGAAGAGACAGCCAUGUACGCGCAAGAGCUCUACCCUGGUCACGAAUAUUCUCUAGCCCACGAUGCGAUUAUGCAGUCGUUGCAUCGCGGUAAUUGUGCUAUCGACCGAACAGACGCUGGGGAGGCCAUUCAGCAGGCAGUGUACAGCGGUGCAGCGGGUGGUGGUGGUGCUAGAGCAGGAGGUGCACCUUUUUCUGCAGGUAGGAUGUUGAAUUCAGGCAGGCCAGGGAGUGGAUUAGGAUCUGGAACGCAAAGAACAUCCUUGACCAAGCAAUACGAGCAAGAGGAACAAGAAGGUGCUAGCUACUCUGCAGCAGCGCUACUGUUGGAAGAUAAUCAAAUCAGCGUCGGCUUUGGAGCUGUAACAUCAACGUCAAUUAGGUCUGACAGAACAAGGGCCGGGGCAACUCGGACUUCUCUUGGAGCCCCGAGUCGGCCAAGAUCAACGUCAGACGUCGCGCGAGGCAGUCGUGCUCCACUAGAUGCGAUCUUUGAAAAUGAAGCCGCCUCGCACGACGUCGACGGCAGGCUAGAACGAGAAAGUCAGAGUGCUAGUGCGCCUGACGCUGCAGUUGUUGAGAGUGUGGGUGAAAGACAAAGAGCUCGCCCACCUGUUGUACAAACUGGCGUUGAUCCUGCCAAAAUUGCAGAAGGAGUUGCGGCAAGAUCGGGUGCACAACGAAUCGAUGUUGGUCGAGGAAACAAGAUAGACGUAAUGUAUCCCCUAGGUGAGCACUCCGCAGAGAAUGGUGACCUCAGCAGUGGCCGCAUAGUUUCAGGACUAGCAUCGAGUUUUGGAGAUUUCUCCUCUUCCAACAAUCUCGGCCCCUCUUCCUUUCGCGGCUCAAAGCUAAGGUCUGGAAGUCAACGUGGCAAUAUACCUGAACGACUGUUACGCCCGCAGCUGGCGCAACUGCAACCAGACGAGUUGGAUGCGCGUGCGAGAAGACAAGCGGAGUUUCUCACAUACAUCGAGAACGAGCUUUUUGCUACCGACAAUUUGAUCCACAACACAGCGACCACAAUGACAGCAAACGCUCCUGCUGCUGGUUCUGUGUUGAUGUCUCCAGCGCAGCGGUUAGAGGCAUUGGAGACCUUCGCCGGACUCUUGCGCAGUGCGUUGCUUCGUGGGGAAGAUGAGAUCAUUUACUGGCUCCAGCUUUACGAACGGUUGGCGCCAGACCACGAGGCUCUUCCUCGUUGGCGACGAGAGCUCCACCAGAAGAUCAAAAAGUCAGCCUACUACCGCGUACUGCACCCGACGCACGUCGACGUCGGCAAGCUCUGGGAUUACGAAAUUCCAAGGAAGCGCUUUCUAGAGCGCGGAUACUUCGACUCCGAAGUCGGUCUAUACACAACCUACUUCGUCGGUGUGAACGGACAAGUCUAUUGGGGGGCGCCCCCUGUGACCACUACAACAACUUCUAGGACAGAUGAACUGCAGGACGAACUUGUUGGAGCCCCUCGAGCGUGUGCUUCCAGUGCUCCCGACAGUGCAGCAUUUUCAGGUCGCGGCGGAGCAGCACGGCGAUCAUCGUCUUCGCCUUUGGUUGCAAGUACAUCAGGAUCAGGGGAAACUGAGGUUCUCACAGAAGCGAUGGUGCGCAGAGCUCUGAAGGCCUUCAAGAAAGACGUGAUCGAAGCAAGCGAGAAAAUGGAGGUUUUGCUAGAACUGUAUGAAGACCUAGCUGCUGAGACUUCUUAUGCAGAGGAAAGUGCGCGCGCAGACGCAGGAAUAGCCUCGUCAGUCAACAAUGCGAAACAGCUCCGCUUUGCGCCAACGCGCAGUCUCGAGGAGCUGAUCAGUGUGAGGUCGUCCCUGCAUCUCGAUAGCUUUUUCGAAGAAGGGGACAACGAGUGGGAGGACGUCGAGGAAGAAGUAGAUGAAAAGGGAGAUGUGGUCGUGAAGAACUACACAAGAAGUGCACGAGGCGAAACCAAUCCUGGCACAGAUAAGGACCCGUCUUUGCAGAAUGCUUCCGCGACAUCAUCGGGGCGCAAGCGCAGCAUGACAAAAGCAGGGACCGAGGUCGAUAAAGAUGUCGAGGAACAGACGAACAAAAUUGGCACAUCUCUUCGGUCUCCUUUGAGAAGACAAAUUGCAGGAACUACAGCUACUGGCGCGACAGGAGCAUCUGAACAGUGUCCAGAAUGCGACUUCACACGCGAAAUUGCGGAACAGGCGAGUUCUCGCGCAGGUGCGCAACUAAACACGUACACUUAUCAAAUGCUAUUGCCGCACAAACUCUACAAUGGGGCUGCUCUACUGGUCAUAGGUACCUAUCUCUGCACGGCACUGCUGUGCUUCAUCAACCACUUCACCCGGGAUUUCGAUCAGAGAGUGCAGGCUAUCCGGAAUCCGGUGACCUCAAAGAGUCCGCAGGGAAGACCAUUCGCAACAGGAGCUAGCUCAUCCUUCCUGUCUACUGCGUCAUCAUCUGCCAGUGCAAUUUUAUCUUCAGGUGCUCCAUCUGAUUCUGAGAACGAGGAUCAGGACCAGGUCUUUAGCGCUGAAAUACUGACCUCCACCAUCUCCUCGUUGUCGUCGUUUUCCAACAUCUUCAACGUCGCUGAGAACGAAAUCGUGGGACCAACGCCGACAGAACCAACGUCGUCGUUUCUUCUUGCAGCACACGAUGACGCGGAAGAUGCGACCGCGACGCUUGGCCUGGGAGGUUAUAUUCCAUGGAGUUCCUACCUCGGUGAGAGCAAAGACAAACUGCCGCAGCGACGAUCGAUUUCUGACAGAGGUGACGACCUAACCAGCACGACCAGUAUUGAAGCUGAAGCAAUCAUGCAAAUGCGCGACCAACAAGGCGAGGCAGAUGGAAGCCAUGACCCACAUUCCGGAGCAACUUCAUCAGCAAUCCAAUUGCCCACUGCAAUGAGUCGCUUCCUGUCAGCGAUCGAGAUUGACGAAGCUGGAGAGCAACACAUACAGUAUUUAGCAGCGUCCUCGUCAGGAGUUCCGUUUUUAUCUUCGUUUUUAGAUGUUUCUACUGGAACAAGAGCUUUGGACGAACAAGGCUACAACAAUUUGGAAGGUAAGGCCGAGCACGUUGAAACUAAAAAACAACCAGAGCCCUCCACUCCUGUAGGUCAUUCUGAUGAACAAGAACCUACCGUGGCCGUGAGCGAUAGUAGACAAGAACAACAAUUACAAUUCACGGACGAACAAGACUUGCGUCAUGACGAGGGAGAUCAAGAUCAAGUACCGACUUCCCAGAAGCAUGAUACUAAGGUUCAGCACCAGGUGGAAGCAUCAUCAUUUCUAGACACGGGGAUGAGCAUCGACAUCAGCAGACCCUCUUCAGGUGGUUCUUCCAGUCCGAGUCAAGAGCUUCAUCAUGUGGCAUGUCGUCCUGAGUGUGGAAGUCGGGUGGCUCUCGGGACACAAUGGCAUGUGACUUUCGGAGGUUUCCGAUGCACUUUUGCGAACUCAAUAACAGGCGUCGCUUUGGCCGCCGAUUGUCGCUCUGUCUUGGUUCUUUUCGCUGACGGUGCUAUCUAUCGCUGUCCAGGUGCAGCACGAGCAGAACUCGUAUGGGCCGGUAGCGUUCGACGACCUGGGGCGUUACAGAGAAGAAGUAGUACUGCAACUAACGAAGGUGCAUCAAAUACUGCGACCUCCUCAUUCUUAGCUGACGCGAACGACGCUGUUCCGCUGGCGACCAAUCUGCCUGUCUACUACACAGGUUUAUAUCCGCACCCAAAGGCACAGGGCGAUUUUCUUGCGGGAAUGCUUGCGCCCAUACCCCUUUCGGGAUCGGACAUGGAGCAAGGUGGCGCAUCACUGCUGCAAUUCACAUCAUUUCCAGCACCAGCAACAUCGGCUGCCCCAUCUUCUGGUACUGGAACCACUCCUACCGCUAGUUCUAGUACGAAUCGAUUACGCCCUGUCGCAAAUAUCUUGAGGCGCACACUGGAGUAUGAUGCUAAAAAAAUGCCUGUGGAGGGUGUAAGACUUUUUGCUAGCAAUUUCCAAGAAGGCAAGCACAGGAGGAUUCUCAUAGCAGACAGGCUCCGAACUUACUUGCUCUCAGGUGGUUCAACCUCCUCCACUUCUGCCGGAACCAAAGAGAAGCUGGAAUUGCGAAGCACGCGUCUGAGUCUGGGACGGUGGCGCAGUGUAUGUAGCUUGUCUCAGAGUGCGUUUCUUGUCCUCAACAGCAAAGACGAAUCAAACAGAGGGGGCGGGACUCUGCGCCAAAUAUCUUGGUCCGAAGUUAGUACAUGAUGAUGAUGACUCAGUAGAGUGGCAGGGGCAGCUUUAUUGAUGUUGCCCGUCUGAAGACCACCUGACAAACUCAAAUCAAACAAGGCACCGUAGAACAAGACCUUGUUCUUUUUGUGCCCAGUCUUUUUGUCCACAGGAGCCGCACACACUCGCUCCCCUUCCUUGUCUGGUCUUCGUA